GUAUUUCCGCUCUGGCGGACAAAUAAUCCUGGCCAAAGGGGAGGCACGACUGUCCAGCCCUUUAACCGCGUGGGGGUGCCGGGGGAGAAAAGGGGGGAGUCGGGGAGGGGGAAUCCUGCUCCUUUAAUUCCCUCCCCUCUUCCUCCGCCCCGAGUCCGCGAGGACGCUGCGCUGCGCGGGGCCUUGGAACACUCGGCGCGAGCUGCCCCCGCCCCUCCCCCUCCCGCCCACGCGGAGCCGGCCCGCGCGCGCGCCCCGUGCACCCCCGCGCCUGCGCGCUGCCCCGGCCCUGCCCGUGUGUGGGGGGCGUCGCUGGCCCCGGGGGGGUGGGGGACCAGGGGGGAAAAAAAUCAGCACGCGGAAUCGGGCCAGGGCAGUCCACUCCCGCCACAAUGGCCUCUGGGGUGGAAGUCCUGCGCUUCCAGCUGCCUGGCCACGAGGCCGCAACGUUGCGGAACAUGAACCAGCUCCGGGCAGAGGAGCGGUUCUGUGAUGUGACCAUCGUGGCAGACAGCCUCAAAUUCCGUGGCCACAAGGUCAUCCUGGCCGCCUGCUCACCGUUCCUCCGGGACCAGUUCUUGCUGAACCCCAGUUCUGAGCUGCAGGUCUCGCUGAUGCACAGCGCGCGUAUUGUGGCGGAUUUGCUCCUCUCUUGCUACACGGGCGCUCUGGAGUUCGCAGUCAGGGACAUCGUGAACUACCUGACAGCAGCCUCCUACCUGCAAAUGGAGCAUGUGGUGGAGAAAUGCCGGAACGCCCUUAGCCAGUUCAUUGAGCCCAAAAUUGGCCUUAAAGAAGAUGGGAUCAGCGAGGCUAACCUCCUGAGCAGUGUCAGUGCCACCAAGUCCCUCCUCCCUCCAGCCAGGACCCCAAAGCCAGCUCCAAAACCCCCACCCCCACCUCCUCUACCCCCUCCGCUCCUGCGACCCGUGAAGCUGGAGUUUCCGCUGGACGAGGACCUAGAGCUGAAGGCGGAAGAGGACGAGGAGGAUGAAGAUGAAGAUGUUUCUGACAUCUGCAUCGUCAAGGUGGAGUCCGCUCUAGAAGUGGCACACCGGCUCAAACCCCCUGGAGGCCUAGCCGGGGGUCUGGGUAUCGGGGCCUCUGUGAGCGGCCACCUGGGAGAGCUGGCCCAGAGUAGCGUGGCCCCCAACACUGUUGCCCCACCGCAAGGUGUAGUGAAGGCCUGCUACAGCCUUUCAGAGGACGCGGAAGGGGAAGGCCUGUUGUUGAUCCCAGGAGGCCGGGCCAGUGUGGGGGCCACCUCGGGCCUAGUGGAAGCAGCAGCGGUGGCCAUGGCUGCCCGGGGGGCGGGGGGCAGCCUGGGGGCAGGGGGCAGCCGGGGACCUCUGCCUGGGGGCUUCUCAAGUGGCAACCCCUUAAAGAACAUCAAAUGCACCAAAUGCCCGGAAGUGUUCCAGGGUGUGGAGAAGCUGGUCUUCCACAUGCGUGCACAACACUUCAUCUUCAUGUGCCCACGCUGCGGCAAGCAGUUCAACCACAGCAGCAACCUCAACCGCCACAUGAACGUCCACCGUGGCGUCAAGUCCCAUUCAUGUGGCAUCUGCGGCAAGUGCUUUACUCAGAAGUCCACGCUGCACGAUCACCUCAACCUGCACUCAGGAGCCCGGCCCUACCGGUGCUCCUACUGUGACGUGCGCUUUGCCCACAAGCCCGCCAUCAGGCGGCACCUCAAGGAGCAGCACGGUAAAACCACGGCUGAGAACGUGCUGGAGGCUGGUGUGGCCGAGAUCAAUGUCCUCAUCCGCUGAAAGGCCACGAGGCUGGGGGCAGUCCUGGGCCCGGCCGAAUUGGGGAAGGGCGGGGUUUGAGGGCAGGCAUACAUUUCAAGGGAGAAAGACUGGAGAGAGACCUUGCCUCAAAGAGCAGAAGUAAAAGAUGGAGCCGGGGACAGGGUUGAUAAGGCUGAGGGAAUAAUGUGGGAUCCCAAAGAAAGAUUUCUUUUUUGAAGAGGUGCAUAAACGAUGUGUAGGAAGGGAGGG